GGGCGGCUGCGGGAGGGGGGAGGCUCCACCCCGCUCUCCAUGUGGCUCCCCGCGCUCCCGGUGCUGCGAGUUCGGCCGCGGCUCCGCUGGAUCGGCGACAUGCUCUCAUUGAAGCCGCCGCAGUGACGCUCUAUGGGCGACGUCCGGGUCCGCGUCUGUCCAGGUUCCGAGGAGGCGCGCGCGUCCGGUGCCGGUGCCGGUGAGGGCUCCUCCUGACAGGUGCGCACGGUGCGCAGGGACGAUGGGCAGACGCCAGGCCGACGGCAGAGGCGCGAUGAACAGCGGCGGCCGCUCGGAGCUCGGGCGUCUGCAGGACGCGGCGUCGUCCGGCGGCCGUGGCGCCGCGGACGAGCGGCCGACGUCCGCGGACGUGGAGGCGGUGGCGCCGCUGGAAAUGAAGAAGCACCAGCACAAGCACAACUUGAAACACCGCUACGAGGUGAUGGAGACUCUGGGGAAAGGCACCUACGGCAAAGUGAAGAAGGCGGUGGAGCGAGGCAGCCUGAAGACGGUGGCGAUUAAGUCGAUCCGCAAGGAGCGCAUCGUUGACGACUUGGACAGAGUUCACAUCCAGAGAGAGAUCGAGAUCACCUCCUCGCUCCGGCACCACAACAUCAUCCGCUUCUACGAGGUGUUCGAGAGCCGCGAUAAGAUCGUGAUCGUGAUGGAGUUCGCCAGCAGAGGGGAGCUGUACGACUACAUCCAGGAGCGGAGGAGGCUGCCGGAACCCGAGGCCAGGAGCAUCUUCAGGCAGAUCACGUCGGCCGUGCACUACUGCCACAAGAACGGCGUGGUGCAUCGAGACCUGAAGCUGGAGAACAUCCUGUUAGAUCAGGAUCUGAAUGUGAAGCUGGCUGAUUUUGGCCUCUCCAACCAUUUCCAGAGGGGAUCUCUGCUGCAGACCUACUGUGGAAGCCCCCUCUACGCUGCCCCAGAGAUCGUUAAGGGCCUGCCCUACCUGGGGCCUGAGGUGGACUGCUGGGCGCUGGGGGUGCUGCUGUACGCGCUGGUCUACAGCAGCAUGCCGUUUGACGGGGCCACUCACGCCAGCCUCACCGAGCAGAUCAGCCAGGGCCGCUACCGCAGACCCCACCCCCCCUCAGACGCCUGCGCUCUCAUCGACUGGCUGCUGACGGUGAGCGUGGACGAGAGGGCGACGGUGGAGGACGUUGCCGCCCAUUGGUGGGUGAACUGGGGCUAUGAAGCCAGCGUGUGUGACUGUGGCCCGGCCGCGCAGCAGGAGUGCCCCUCGCCGCUGCUGGCCCGAUACAUCGACUGGCAGAACCAGGCCUCCUGUGCGCCGCCGCCCCCCCACCCCUUCUACCCACCCAGCGCACCUGUGAGGAGCGGCCGGGGGGGGGGAGCGGUGCACGGAGCGGCCUCGAGCCUCAGGAAGUCACGCAAGGAGAACGCCAUACCCCAGAAUGCACUGGGGGCCUGUGGCGUUUCCUCCUCUGGGACCGAAAGGAAGAAACCCAAAGGUAUUCUGAAACCACAGAGGAGCUUUGACUCAGUGUUUCACAGCCCCCCAAAAGAAAACUUCCCAUCGCAGCCCUGCAGCGCACGCGCUCACAAACACGCUGACGGCCUGUCCAGCAGUGCGCCGCCGGCCCCCACCUUCAGCCAGCCUUCAUCCAAAAUGCCCAAGAAGGGGAUCCUGAAGAACCUGUGCGGAGGCGAGUCGGGCUACGGCUCGUCCCCAGAGCGACGAGGCUCCGGAGCCGGGGGGAGCGACGCAGGCGACUCGUGCCCGGACGACCGGCCCCGCGGCCGCCCUCCGGCCGCCGCCGACGGCCCCGUCCUGCGCGCGGAGGCGGGGAGGAGGAGGAAGGGCAUCCUGAAGCGCAACGGCAAGUUCUCCCGCAGCCUGGACCUCCCCGACGAGCGCCUCUCCCCGCGCCCGACGCUGCCCGAGGCGCUGCAGCAGCUGCUCCGGGCCUCGGGGGCGGCGGACGGGCGCCGCAGCCGGCCGUCCAGCGUGGUCAGCGAGGACAGCGUCUUCUCCUCCGACUCCUUCGACCUGCUGGACCUCAGCGCCCAGUCGCGGCGCGGGGUCUUCGCCCUCCGCGGCUGCAGCUCCGAGGAGGAGCCGGAGCCGCUGGGGGCGGAGGCUGAGGAGGCCGCUGAUGGCUAGAAAGACGGGGGAAACGUUGGCGUGAAGCUCAGGCGGCGAUAGACUGGUCGUUAGUUCACGCCUGUGUCACAGCCAGUGGCAGCCAUCUUGAAAAGACUCAGAGACAGUGGGAUUCGUACCCGCAGCACAGAGAUUCGAGUGCUGUCGUGUAGUGGAGUUAGCAGAGCUCCACAACAGAUGCGUAAAUGAGCAUCAUCUUGAAAAUGUGUAGUUAAAUAAAGCCAAGACUUUAAAUUAUUAGUGUUUAUAACAUCUAUGUGUAAUAACAACAUGUCAUUAAGGGUUUAUAGCUCACUGUUCACAGAUAUGAGGAAGCUUUUAACUCUUUAUUAACAGUAGGUCUCUGUUUCGUGAUUAUUGUUUCAAUUUACUAGUCAUUCGUUACUGUUUCAUCCACAGUCAAACUACGUGUUCCAAACCACAUGUUGUGUUUGACAGGAGGUUGAAUUAAAGUCUAUUUGGGCACAGUUUGUUCCUUUGCACCAACCGACACAGUGUUGAGCAGAUGGAUCACUUUGCUUCUACAGCACUGCUUCAAACAGGUCGUUCUACUGUGACAGAAGAAAUGUUAAAGUCCAACAAACAUUUCAGGUUGUUUUGUUGUGUAACAUCAAUAAAUUAUGUGACAAAUGA